AUGAAGAGUCUAGACAAGCUGAAGGUUGUGGAGGAGCUUCCUUCAACUGCAGUAGAAAGUGAAAAUGUUCAACUUUUGCAUGGUGCUUUAGUGCAUCAAGAAGCUGAUGAAGCCAAAGCUACAGAUUCUGUCGAGCACAGGCACAUCCAAAAGACUGAAGAACAAAAACCAGGGAACACAAGCGAAGGGAUUCACAGUCAAGCUGUAGAAGUAAAAAGUGCAAGCCCAGAUUUCAGCUCAACCAGCAGAAGAAAAAUGGGCUCCACCUGCAUGAAUCUUGGAUCAAGAAGCAAAAGAGAAAACAUGGAUCAAGAGGCGGAGUUGGAGAUUGACGCAACAAAGUCUGAAACUACCGGAGAAUUAACAAGCGAGAGUGUCUCAGAAAUCAAGGAAGAAAAACUGCAAGUUCAGCCACAAUCCCGAAAGAGUGACUCUGAUCAAAGAAAAGUGUUUCAAACAGUAGCAAGCAGUCAGGUUGGUGAGGCUUUACUAAAACCUCUGGUUGAAGAAACACCUGAAGAAAGUCCAGGUUCUCAGAGCCAGAAUGACCAUGUGUUGGAACCAGCACCAGGAGGGAGGAGAAAGAAAUUUGGAUCUAAUCGGAAACCACGCUUACAACAAACAAAUAAAGACCAAAAUGAAAGUGAGGAUGGACUGACAAAUGCACAAAAUGAAAAUGAUGCUGGAGAAACCACAGAAGAGGAUGCAGCUGAACAGCAAACGGAUAAAUCACCUGACCUGGAUAAAAUAACAGAGGUUGAUGAAGAUGGUGAAAAAGCAUCAGCCAUCAGCAUCUCAGUAACUAAAGAGUUUGCAAAGCCACUGAGUGAGGCAACUCCCAGAAAAUUGUAUCCUGAUGAAAACCGCUGGGGUCAAGAGAGUGAAAGGCAGCUCUCUUUUGGGACCGACAGAUCCAACGGUUACAACGUGGUGCUGGUUGGAGAGAGUUGUGUGGGAAAGUCCUCCUUCCUGAAAAGAGCUCAAAGUGGGAAGUUUGCUUUAGACAUACCUGCCUCCGUUGGCCUGGACUCCUGCAAGUGGACUGUGGUGGUAGAUGGAAAACCUGUGGUGCUACAUUUAUGGGAUACAGCAGGUCAAGAAAGGUUUCACAGCAUCACAAGACAUAUUUUCCACAAAGCCCAGGCAUUUAUUUUGAUGUAUGACAUCACGUCCUCUCAGAGCUUUUCUGCAGUCAGCUACUGGGCAAACUCCAUCCAGGAAUCUGCUGCAGACAAUGUGACUGUUCUUCUCCUUGGGAACAAGAGUGAUCAUGCAGAGAAACAAGUCAAAACUGAACAGGGGGACAUUCUUGCAAAGGAAUACAACUUUGGCUUCAUGGAGUGCAGUGCUGCCACAGGUGAAAAUGUGAUUGAGGCCUUGGAAACCGUGGCAAGGAUGUUGAGUCAAAGCUCUGAUUUAAGAGAGGAAGCCACAGUUUUACACCAGCAGCAAAGAAGCCAGUCAAAGUGUUGCUGAACCCGUUUGUCUGGAAAAUAAGAUGAAAGGUAUCAUCCUCCUACGAGGAGUGGAGUUGAUGUCCUGAGUUCAACUGUAUACCAACAACAUAUAACUUAAUUACUUAGAUUCAGACAACUUUAAUUUCAUUUUUCAUAAAGGUGUUUGAUUUAGACUAUGGGUAAACUACUUUUAAUAUAAAUUUUCUAUUGAUAAGAAGAGCUGGUAAAUUUUACUGGAGCAAUAUUCAUAGUUAUUGUCGGAAUGACAGUAUUUUGAUUUGGGCUUUUAUCUUAUAUACAUCGAAGAGAAUAUCAUUUAUUUUAUUUAGUAUUGUGCACUUCUAUCUUUUUGUUU